AUGGGAUUCUCAGACUUAUGGAUUGAAUGGAUAACACGAUGUGUAUCGUCGGUGAAGUACCAUAUCCUUUUCAAUGGCCAACCGAGAGGAAAUAUAACCCCUGUGAGGAAAUUGCGCAAAGGAGAUCUUUUGUCUCCUUACAUAUUUAUUCUAUGCAUGGAAGCGCUUGUUAGCCUUCUUAAUCACGCGGAGAAUCAAGACAAUAUAACAGGAAUGUGUGUCUCACGCACUAGCCCCCCGGUAUCAUACCUUCUUGUUGUUGAUGAUAGUUUGUUCUUCUGUAAGGCGGAUCCUUGUGAAUGUGAUGAAGCCAUGAAAGCUCUUGAGACAUAUGGGAUAGCCUCUAGCCAGUGUAUUAACUAUGAAAAAUCAUUUUUACUCUUUGGUAAGAAGAUAUCCGAACAUGUGAAGGAAGAAGUUAAAGCCUCAACUGGAAUUGCAAAUGAAGGAGGGAUGAGAUCUUAUCUUGGAAUCCCAGAGGACAUCAGUGCCUCAAAAGAUAAGUUGGUGGUUAUCGAGGAGAGGAAAGGAAGUGCUGAUAAAUUCUAUACUGCUAGCUCUACCUACAUACGUAAUGUCAACUCUUCUACUGCCGCUUGA